AUGAGCCGACCAGCGAUCGGCAAGCGGAAGCAGCAGCAGAAGCGCCGGCGAAAGGCCAAGCAGCGCAGUCGGCAGCCAUCGCGCCACUCGAGCGGCGCAGACGCGGCCGCCGCGGCAUCCAGCGCGACCGACAAGGCCACCGCUGCUGUGGCGGCGCUGGAGUACCUCCAGGCGUGGUGCCGUCGCGAGGAGGGCGGAUGGAAGUUCAGCAAGGUACGGCAGAGUUACUUGCUGCGCGCGUGGCCCGACCCAGUCAAGCUGCCGCGCGAGGCCUUCGGCCUGCUGCUCUCGUACCUGCCGACGAUGCACGAGGGCGCGAUUGCGCGGACGCUAGAGCAGGCGACCGCGGUCGCCGCCGCGGCCGAGGAGGAGCGGAAGCGGCUCGAGGCGUGCCUCGACGAGGCGGAGAGGGCCGAGGACGCCGCCGAGGCGGACGAGGCUCAGCUGGCGGUGCUCAAGAUUCGGCUGAUGCGGGCGCUCAAGGUCGCGGCGGCGCUGGGGCCGGAGGAGGGAGAGGAGGGCUCCGAGGAAGAGGAGGGCGGCGAUGAGGACGCGGGAGAGGAGUCAGAGGAGGGCGAGGAGCGCAGAGCGGAGUCUGGCUCGGAGGAUAUGAGGAAGAGGGAGACCCAGAGGACGUGA